UCAGUACCUACAUAUUGACCUACAUCGGAAUUUUUUUGGGGGGGUAUUUUAAAGACGGGGUUUUAAUAUUGUCAAAAGUCUUGUAAUACAGGAAUUCAAAUCAACAUGGAAGGGUAUGGAAUUGGACAAUCUACACAGUAUACAACGUGGUCAACGAAUGUUGUUGCUCCACAGGCAAUGACGAUGACCCACGUGCCCCCACCCUACGAAGAUUACACAGGUAGAGCAAUGUUUGCCGCAUUCUGCUGUUGCUGGCCUCUGGGGUUGUGCGCCUUAAUAAAAGCUUCAGAGGCAAGAAAGAGCUAUCAGGUGGGAGACAGUGAGACGGCUCGAUCUCAAGCUGACCAAGCACGACAACUGUCCAACAUUUCGAUCGGAGUGGGAUGCGCUUCUUUUGUCCUCCUGUUUACCUUCAUCGUUCUCUACUACACGGUUAUUCUCUAUUCAUUCUCUGACUGAGGUUCAUGAAAAAACUGUCCAAUAUGUUAUCAGGAUACGUAAUAUUACCACUAUAGUAAUUUAUUCAUGAUAUUUUUAGUUCAUUACAAUUAAGAGCAAGGUUUGUGAACGUUUCGUGAACAUGUUUGCAUAAUACAUUAGUUACCAAUGUUGACAUCAAACUGCAUUAGCGCUUGCCUGUUAGAGAUCAUAAUAUAAUUUUUUUUAAUUUUAUUGUUCGGUUGACUUUUUGUGGAUGUAAAAGCUUUGAGACAUGUUUUUUUAUGUUGAACUAAAAGGUUCAGUACCUUACUAUUCACAACUAAGCAUUCGUCAGAAUCCGAAGUAUAUGUUGAUACAAUCAUGUAACGACUAUUACUUGCAUGUAUUUGUUAUUCUAUUUGAUUUGUCUCUGACUUAUCAAUUUAUAUUACAUGCUUUUGCUGGCACAGUCAUUGUGUAUAUACAACGUAUAUGGUGUAAUAAAACCAUUUUUGAAACAGUUAUUGUUUUGUGAGUUUUC